GCGGCUCCCGGCGUGCAGCUCGGUGGCGGCUGACCCGGCAGUGGGCCGCCUCAGGCAGCCCCGGCCGGGCCGCCCGGGUCCCCGGCAGCGGGGUAGGAUGGCGCUAAAGCGGAUCCAGAAGGAAUUAACCGACUUGCAGAGGGAUCCUCCUGCCCAGUGUUCUGCGGGACCUGUGGGUGAUGACUUGUUCCACUGGCAGGCCACCAUCAUGGGCCCGAAUGACAGUCCUUACCAAGGAGGUGUUUUCUUCCUGACCAUCCACUUUCCUACGGAUUACCCAUUCAAGCCCCCAAAGGUUGCUUUCACAACCAAAAUUUAUCACCCUAAUAUCAACAGCAAUGGCAGCAUCUGCCUCGAUAUCCUGCGGUCUCAGUGGUCUCCAGCGUUGACUGUGUCAAAAGUUCUCUUGUCCAUCUGCUCGCUGCUCUGCGACCCUAACCCCGAUGACCCUCUGGUGCCAGAGAUAGCCCACACCUACAAGGCCGACAGAGAGAAGUACAACAGACUAGCAAGAGAGUGGACACAAAAAUAUGCUAUGUAAGUGCCUCGGAGGUUUUACAUGAGACAUUGUCCAAGAGAAGCUGGCAGAGAGGUCUUCCCUUAAAACUUUGGGCUGUUGGCUGAGCCAUUCAAAGAGUGUCAUCUGUUCUUCAAACAAAUGUUGGUCACCCACUCUCUCCAGCUGCAGCAUGUUGGUGCCAUUUGCAGCAAUUAUGGCUUUGACAGUGCCACCUCUUUGAUGCCAAAUCAGCAGCCAUUGUUGUUAUGAUCUGCAGUCUUCCUGGUGACACUGGAAUCUCUCUCUCUGCCGCCUCAGUUUGUCUGCUGGUCUCUUGGGGGGCCAGGCCCUGCACGUCUCUCCUACCUGGCCUCAAAUGGUGCUGCUGCCCAUGAUGGUACCACACCAGGGCCUCAGCCUGGCCCCUCGCCACAUACCCUUUGCCUUUUAGAACUCAGUGCCAUCCUGGGUGCCCAGGGCAGAGCAGGCUUUCUUCGCACCUCAUCUGCUGCAGAACCACAUCCUGAGGAGUCUCAGCUUAUCCUGGAGGGAAUUGGGAACAGUGUCACUGGGAAGUGAAGGCCUAGCCCUGCGGCUUCCACCAGUCUCCUCCUGCAGUGCCACAUGCUGGCAUUUCUUGCCUCACACUAAGAAGCAGCAAGUGGAAAAUUUCAGGAUACAAAGCACAUAACACCCCAUAAGAGAUGAUUAUGUUUUUAGAAGCAAGAGCAAAAUUAUGAAACCUCUAGAGAUUUGGGUCAUGUUACUCCAUUUGAUGAGGAUUCUCACUACCAUCCGCUCCUCCCAUAGGAGCCUACACUAAGUCCAAGUGUGAGCCAUUCACAGACUAGAACACAAGGAGGGAGAGAGACUCUUAAAUGUAAAUAAAAAUGCAAUUCAUUCAGAACUCUAAAUGAUAAUUGACAUUUCAGCCUCUUUCUUUUAGGCAGAACAGAAGAUACAUACUUUUAACAGUUAUUUGGAGCCUUAAAAUAACUUAAAAUAGCCUGUUAGGUGAUCGGCUUUCUGCCUUGGCUUUCUGAUGCAACACAUUGUAAGAUUUGCCUUUAAAGCUUUGAGCCUUGAGAUUAGGUUAGUCAGGAAGAGGACAGCAAAGAGAAGAGAUUAUUCUAAUAAAACUUCCACAGAGGGAAGAAAAUUGAGGAGCUUCAGAUCUCUAAAGCCAAAUUCAACCUGAUCUUUCUAGGUUGGUUAUAAAGCUGGUCCACUUCCAGGAAGUGAUGUGUAGGUGAAUAGGAACAAGAGGUGAAGAAGCAGUAAAACUGUGACCGAAUGGCCAGAUGGGGCUUUUGCAGGCUGAUUGAAAGGAAGUCUACAGACCUAACACAAGCAGUCAGCCAAAGGUGGCUGUGGGAGGUUGAUUUCUUCCAGAAACUUCCAAGUUGUGGCUACAAAUUUAUUGCCAGAUACUUUCCCACUGAGAAUACUGAGGUUAUUCACAUAAUCACUUCCUUAGCAAAGGAAGAAGCACUUUUAACUUGGUCUGCAUUCCCUUUGUGAGGGUCCAAAUUUAGGAUCCUCCUGCUACCAUAAGGCCCUUUUUGGGGUCCUUUGAGUGUGGCUGCAUCUCACCAUGGUGAGGAUUGCCUUUUUUUUUUUUUUUUUUUUUUCAACACAGAGUCUUGCUCUGUCUCCCAGGCUGGAGUGCAGUGAUGCGAUCUUGGCUCACUGCAACCUCUGCCUCCCAGGUUCAAGCGAUUCUCCUGCCUCAGCCUCCUGAGUAGCCGGAAUUACAGGCAUGCGCCACCAUGCUGGGCUAAUUUUUGUAUUUUUAGUAGAGACGGUGUUUCACCAUGUUGGCCAGGCUGGUCUCGAACUCCUGGCCUCAAGUGACCUGCCCACGUUGGCCUCCCAAAGUGCUGGGAUUACAGGCGUGAGCCACUGCGCCCAGCAAGGAUUGCCGUUUUAAUUCUUGUAUCUUCACUGCUUCUUUGGUCUUUGCUUAAACAAAACAAUAAAUCUUAAUAGUUGGGGAGAAUGCUGUUACCAGUGUGCCCUAGGAAGGCCGUUAGCAUAUGGCUCUACUGAGCAGCAGUGCCAUCUGGUGCCUGAGAUCAUGUGCUUCAGGCAGUUGUCACACUGCAUCUAUAGCCAAGCAUCACAGAACACUUUACUCAUGUGGUCAGGGAAGGUGGGACUGAUUCACAUGUUAGAGACAGGUCAGAUGGGAAAAUUAAGGCCCAAUUUGGUGUUGGGGAAUAACCAUACUCUGGUCUUUCAAGUGUAAUAGCUGAUGAUUCCCAAGAAACUGAUGAAUUUUCUGAGUCCAGACAAAAUUUCCCCAAGCCUGCUCUCUCUGUUGGAUAUAUAUAUAAUAGAGAAAGUCAAAUCAGCCCUUUGGGGUUCGUGGUAAAAAUUCACUCACCCAUUGAAGCCUACAGUGGCUUUGUACCUUCCAGAUCUCUCAGCAAAUCCCCCGGGCAGAAAUGUCACUUGCUUGCCAUAUCUUUGAGGGGUUCAGGUCAGCCUGGAGAACAGGCUCCUUAAGUCAAAAAUCUUGUUUUAAGAGCCACUGUGGUACAGUCAAUGUAACCCACUUGUGCAGAAGCCAUGCUUCCAAGGAAGGUCUCAGGUUGACAACUAGACAGCAAAUCCAAGAAGCUAACUGUGGAGUAAUGUGUUUUUUUCUCUGUGGACAACAGCGAUCAGAAAGGUGCUUGAUCUUGAACAAUUGAUCCAUUAUGAACAAAUGACCAUUAGCUUUCCCCCAGAAGCAUCUGUGUUUGCUGAAUGGAGCUGAGAUUUUGAUCCUCUAUCAGACUCCAGAAAGAUCCAGGAGUUCCAAGAACAUGGCAAAGAGUCAAAAUCUUAGGACAAGGAAUUAAAAUGUCAGAAUGCAAAUGUCCAACAGGCCUGGUAGCUCACAGCUAUCAACACCCUAGAAUUCCACACUGCCUCACUGCAGUUGCUCAAGGAUGGGUAUGUUUCUGUCUCUGAAAUUCAGGAAAAAGCCUUAAGUGCCAGAGAAGGUGCUUCCAAGACUGUCUGCAGAAUUCCUUUCCUAGGGUCUGUCUCUGGUACCCAAAAGGGCAGAGAAGGAACUCUAAGAUUAGCAUAGAGCCACUCAUCUCUCCUCCCCUCCCCACCCCUUCUUCCCGUGCUUCCAUUCCGCAUGGCUGUCUCCGCUGACAGUGACACACACUUCCUCUCCAGCAGUGUCGGGAAAGUUCUGGACCUCUACUGGAUCUAGCCAUAAAUGGUGGUCUUCAGAAAAAUGGAGAUUGUGGCUGCCAGCACCCACAAGACAGCAGCCUCAUGCCAUGCAGGCAGCAAGUCAUCCUGAACAGUGUUCCUCCCAGAGUCUGCUUCCUCACCUGCUGUUCACUGGUGAGAGGAAAAGGGACUUGUUCUCCCUUGACCAGUUUUCUAGUUUUCCUGUUCCCACCCUGGUCUUUGCCUGAUGACAGAGAAACUUUCUGAAACAAAAACAAAAACAAAAACAAAAAGCUAUAAAAAAUCUGCAAAACACCC